AUGUCAAAAUUAAUUUGUGACUUGUGUGGAUAUGAAACCCCACGAAACAGUUUCAAAUUCAAGAGACAUCGGGGCGGAAGGGAUUGCAAUAAUCGGCAAUUAUACAAUCGUUUGGAAAGAAAAGGAGAACUCCCGGAAUAUUCCUGCCAUAAUUGUCGUCGUGUCUACAGCAGCAAAUAUCACUGGAUCGAACACAAGCGAAAAUUACUAUGUGGACCAGAAGAACGUGCUCAUCGUGAACGAACUAAAGAAAGCGUCAAUGAACCAGAUGGGCUUAGUGACAACGAAUCUGAUCCGGUUCCGGAAAAGGUUUCCAAGCCAUCCGAAAAGUUCAAGGACAUCACGCCGAAACGCCCGAAAAGGCAACGUCGACAAUCCGAAGGUCUCGAUGGAACCGAUCUACACGGAGGAAAGAAAAAAAUGGCCACAACUUCGGUCGAAGGAAUCAGCGAAGAGAAGAUCAAGAACUUUCGCCGAGACGCGGCUGCGAUGGAGAUCAAGCUCGUCAAUGCUUCGAAAGAAGAUCAUCAGCUCAUCGAAGAAAAGGAAAAAUCUGAUCGCGAGUUGGAAGAGCUUGAAAUCAAGGAAGAGAUUUCAAAUUUGGAGGCGCAGCUUACCGAUCGGUUGCUUCUUGCCGAUGAAGCUCAAAAAUUGAAAGAUCUUGAGGACGAUAAAAGAGACACUGAAUCAGGCAGAUAUGAUGAAUUGCAAUGUGUUAAUUUAUACCGUGUUGGCGACGACAUAAGCAUCCGACUAGAAGAAGAGCCAUUGGAGAUCUCCUGCAAAGAUGGCGUCGAUGUCAUGUCGAAAAUCAGGAAAGGUCUACAUAAAGCCGACGAGGGCUGGAUGUUCAAAAUACCGAAUGCCGGUUUGGAUAUGGAUGACAUCGAGUUCAGGAUGCCCUCGAACAUAGUUAAAGUCUACAAUCCCCCUCCAUCGGAUCACGAGAAUCCCCCUCCCUCGGAUGACGAGAAUCCCCCUCCAUCGGAUGACGAGGAUCCGCCUCCAUCGGAUCACGAGGAAGAAGAUGGUCAUCCUCGAAGACCGAUAAGAGCCGUGCUGCGUCUAGUUGGCAAGACAACACCGGUUGUGCUAGAAGAAGCCGUGCUGAAUGCCAUCGAUGGAGAACGAAUUCGUCUAGGGGGAGAUUUGGUAAGUUUUUAUAAAGAAUCCAGUUACAGUCCGAAAGUUAUCAUCGCCGACCUGGGAAAAUUGUCCAUCUCCAAUACUUUCAAACUCAGUGACGAAGAAGGAACGCUACACUUCGAAGAAUAUGCUCAAAAUGGAUUUCCGGAGAAGAAAGUCUUGCUCGAUUGCAUCACAGUAGGCUUGAAGGAAAUGGACAUUUGGAUAGCUGAUCGAAUGGAGUUGAGCGACGCUGGAGAGAGCGACCUCAAGUUCAACGGAUUCAAAUUUGUCAGACAUCAGCAAUCGCUCCUCAAGAAACGGGUAGAACUAUCCCUUGCUAUCGAAAGAAAUCUUCAACAGAAUGUCGACCGGUCAGUUCCCAACAUGCACAUCAAUGGUACUCUUAGCGAGGCAUACUUCGGAUUGAAUAGAAGCCAAUUCUGGGUCGUUCGCGACUUCCUCGAGCACAAUCUCGGUGAGAUGCAGCUAAUAUACGAACGAACAUCUGUUCCAGUGAAUAUUGAAGAAGCGAUGACAAAAACCGUCAUGACUGGGGAAGUCUUUCGGAAUCUAAAGUUCAAUCUUGGGCUCAAGAAUGUCACAGUCGAGCUUGGAGAGGCCAACGGCGACAAACUUGUGAAAAUGAAGUUCGUCGAUUCUACUCUGAAUUUCGAAGCUUUGUCGAACAAUCACAAGCACACGAAUCUUGUCUGCAAAGCCUACAAUGCUUGGGACUGCAGAGAACUUUACAAUAUCCAUCCUUCAUUCCAGAAGGUCAUUGCGGCUGAUUUAGAAGACGAUGAUGUCUGCCAAAUUGAAAUCGUUUUCAAAGCAACGCCCGACGGUGCUUCCUUCAAGCUUGUAACGGAAAAGACUAGAAUAAUUGUUCUGCAAGAAUGGUCGAAGCAAACAUUGAACUAUCUACUGGAGCAUCCGAUUGAUGGCUACGGAGAUGAUUUGCGGAAGAUCAACUACGACCUGAUUAAAAAGUGGAAGCAAGAACCAAGCGAUCCAAAGAACACUGUACUGUACCAGUGCAGAGUCUUUGGGGGCCAUCAAAAGAUUCGAGAGUACCGACAGCAAUCACAUCGCAUCUGGAUUAAAGUUUGCGACUACACAAGUCUUCAACCUAUUGCCGUGAACAAAGUUGGUCUAUACUUCCGACACGCAGUACAUCCUGGAGGAAAAAUGCCAAUCCGAAUCCUUAUUGAAGUCCGACUAACCGAUUCAGCAAGAAAGAUGGGAAUCGAACUCGAGGCAUAUUUGAGGUUCGUGGAUGCCAACAGGCCUCCACGGGAGAACAACGGCGGACGAAAGUGCAGGAAGUGUCGCGGAGAAUUGGAGCUCGGGAUCUGGCAUGCCGAUGACUACUCAUUGUGCGUUGGCUGCAAAGACGCAUUUUUAGCCCGCAACGAAUUGGAAGCUCAAGUUCCGGCCGACGAGCAAAUUCCCGCUGAGGGACCUGCUGAUGGAGAAGAUCAAGACGUUGGACAAGAUCAGGAACCAUUUCUGGAACCGUUUAUGGAACCAGAUCUGGAUCCAGUUCACGAGCCAGUUGAGGAGCUAGUUCAGGAGCCAGUGGAAGAAUAUGAGCAAGCGGCGGCUGGCUUCCGAACCGAGACCGACACCAUGGGUGAGAUGCAGGUGCCAAACGACAAGCUCUAUGGCUGCCAGACUGCCCGAUCGUUGAAAAAUUUCCCCAUUGGCGGCGAGGGCGAUAAGAUUCCCCGACAGAUAAUUCAGGCUUUUGGUUAUCUCAAGAAGGCCUGCGCCGAAGCUAACCAGAAAUUUGGACUCGAUGCCCAGCUCGCAGACGCCAUCAAACUGGCCGCCGAGGAGGUCAUUUAUGGGACGCUUUACGACGAGGGUCACUUUCCUCUUUGCACCUUCCAGGCUGGCUCUGGCACCCAGGCGAACAUAAACACCAACGAGGUGAUUUCCAAUCGCGCCAAUCUCAUCCUCGACAGCGAAGUCGGCACCAAUUUCCCCGUCCACCCCAACGAUCACGUCAACAAGUCUCAAACCUCCAACUCCACCUUUCCUACGGCCAUGCACGUCGCCACCGCUCUUGAAAUCAAGAACGAUCUUCUCCCAGCCCUCUUGAACUUCCGACAUGCCAUCUACGAGAAGCAGAAGCCUUUUGAGCACAUUGUCGAAAUUGGCGGAAAUCAUAUGAUGGACCGUACUCCAUUGACUCUUGGAAAGGAAUUGUCUGGAUACGUUCAACAGCUCGAUAACGGAAUCGCCCGUGUUGAAGCCACUCUUCCGAGAGUAUACGAACUUGCCAUCGGUGGCACCGCUGUUGGAACCGGUCUCAACGCUGGAAUUGGUUUCGCAGAGGCUUGCUGUGAGGAGCUUUUCAACUACACCGGUCUUCGAUUUGUCUCCGCUCCCAACAAGUUCGAUGCUCUCCCCAACCAUGAGGCCAUGUUUGAGGUUUCCCGCGCUCUCAACGUUGUCGCCCGAGUCAUCCAGAAGAUUGCCAAUGGUAUACGCCUCCUCGCUUCUGGACCACAUUGUGGUCUUCCCGAAAAGGAGAAGGUUAACCCAACUCAGGUUGAAGCUAUCACUAUGGUCUGUACGCAGGUCAUGGCCAAUAAUAUGUUUGUCAACGCUGGCGAUAACUUUGAGCUCAACGUCUCCACGCCAGUCAUAGCGUCGAACGUUCUCCGAUCUGCCAAGCUCAUCGGCACUGCGUGCAAUGCCUUCGUUGAUAACUCGAUCGAUCCGCUUCUCAAUGAGUCUCUUAUGCUGGUAACAGCUUUGCACCUCCACUUCGGACAAGAUAAGGCCGUCCACAUCGCCAAGAACGCGGAUAAAGAAGGAAUCACGCUCCGAGAGGCUGCCAAAGAAGACGGCAUCACGGACGAACAAUUAGACGCUUUGUACAUCACCGCGAAGAAAAACAACGACAUCGUGAAAAAGAUCGAAAAGACGCGCUCAGAGGACAUGAAGCCAGAUCUGCAGGCGGAACGACUCGCCCGGGACGCUGAAGUCCUCGCCGAGCAAAAAGCCAAGGCGAAAGACGCAGCUGAGAAAGAAAAGGCCUUCAAGCUGCAAUGCGAGAAGGAAAGAUACGAAAAGUCAUACGAUAGACUCUUUGAAGAUGAUCCGCCCGCGACGACGAACAACGACUCCGACAAUGAUUCCGACGAUUUUAUAGCGAAAUCGGUUGAGAUGAACUUUGACUUUUUGGGACUGAGAUGGUACGCUGUCAAUGACAACGUCAUGGGAGGCGUCAGCGCUGGAUAUGUCGAGAAGCUGGACAAUAUGCUCAAGUUCUAUGGGCAGUUGUCGUCCGAUUUCAACGGAGGUUUCGCCAGCUGCCGGACUCGAUUUGAACCAGGAGCGCUUGCUGGAUUCGACGGAAUUGAAAUAAACGUCAAAGGAUCCGAAAGAACCUUCCAAGCCCGAUUUCAUCCUGUUGAAAGUGACGCUUACGGAAGAUACGCUCAGGGAUCAUACACUGCCAAUUUCAAAGCCACCCCAGAAUGGACAACCGUCCGAAUUCCCUUUGACUCGACUGAAUACAGCUGGAGAGGACGACGACCAUCUGGAAUGCCUCCAAUUGAUCCAGCCCAGCUGAAGGGAAUGGGAUUUCUCAUUGCUGACAAGGUUUUUGAUUCUUCUUUCGAGCUCUUCGUCGACUCUAUUUCUGGCUACAAGAAUGAAUAA